AUGAGCUUCACUGUCAUCAUCUGUCCCGGGGCUUGGCCUCUGGUUUCUUUCUUUGAGCCACUUAUCCAAGCCUUCAAGGACCGAGGGCAUGCAGUCGUUUGCAAAGUUCGAGAUUCCUACCCAACGUUCGAUCCCAUGAACCCACCUGCCUUGAACCCGGAUACCGAUUAUCUUCGCACACAGGUUCUGGGACCCGCUAUUGAAACCGGUGUUGACGUUGUGGUGUUCAUGCAUUCGUAUGGUGGGAUAUACGGAGCUGAAGCGCUCAAAGGCCUAAGCAAGCAGGAGAGGGCGGCCAAAGGUCUGGAGGGUGGCGUCAUUGCUGCUAUUCUGACCUGCGCUUUCGUGGGCUCCACGGGGAGUACGGCCCUGGAUUUGCAUUGGGACCCAUAUCAAGAUCCCAACUUCAAGGGGAAACUCGGCUUCAUCUACACUGGGGCGGAUCGGAUUUUCCCUAUCGAGGCCCAGCGGCAGGCUGUUUCCAAAGCGGAAAUCAAGCACACCUAUCUUUUGGAAGACUCAUCGCACUCGCCUCAUCUGGAACAGCCUGAAAACUUAGCGGGCCUUGUAAUUGAUAUGGUGCGAGACAUUACAGGCGGCACGAAGAUCUAG